AUGGCGCAUGUCUCUCAGCUGAAUCGGCCCGCCAACGCGGCGGGGCCUGUGGUCGCCAUCUUCAACGUGCCGCUGAUCGGCCACGUGAACCCCACCUUCGCGUUGGUGCAAGAACUCCGAAAGCGCAGCUGCAGGGUGCACUACUUCCUGCCACCCGUUGCCCCGAUCCGCGACGCUGCCGUCGAGUCCGGGGCGGUCGUGGAAGGCCUUCUCCCAGAGGAUCCGGCAGACUUCGAGAUGGACAAGUGUUGCGUCGACGGGCUGUACCCCAAACACAUUUCGGAGGAGGACCGGGCCCUUUAUCCUGUCUGGAACCUCAGCACCAUCCUCAAGUGUGGGGAGUACGUCCUCGAGCGUUGUCGCCAGAUUGGCGUCAGGGUUGUCCUCUACGACCCCUUCGUGCCCCUGGGGAUCGUCGUGGCCAGGAGGCUUGGGAUCCCGUGCGCUUCCUUGGUCACGUAUCCCGGCAUGGGGAGCCUGAGAGACAUGCUCUCCUUGAUGGAGGCUGAGGGCCGGCUCGACGUGUUUGCGGAGGUCCGCAAACCGUAUGGCAAAGCCAUCCGGGACAAGUUUGGCGUGGACCUGUCUUGCCAUCUCCUGACCCGGCGCCAGUACUUCGCGAAGACAAACUUUGUUGCCACUUGUGAGGAUCUGGUCGCCGAGUUGCCGGCGCCCGGCGAGCAGAAGUGGGCCGACGAACUGCGCGCCAACUUCAGCUUCACCGCAGUCGGCUGCCUGGUUAGCAGCUCCGCGCCUCAUGUCAGCACGGUGGGUGCGCUUCCAGCGCACGGUGCCGGCUCUGCCAAGAGCUUUGGCAACUCUCUGCCCACUGCAGAGCUGAUGGAUCACUUGGCGGAGGGUCGGAAGAUCAUUUAUGCGUCCCUGGGCACGAUGGCGCUGUUAGAUCGGUGGAGUAUCGACCUCGGCCGACUCAGCGGAUGCAACCUGCCCCUGGGAACCACCGGCAAGGCUUUCUGCCAACACGUGUGGAAGGCUCUCUUAGCAGCCUUGGAGGAACUUGGCGACGAUUACUUCUGUGUGCUACCGGUGGGCAAGCAGCCAGAUGCGUUGGACUUCCUUGGCAGCAGUAAAGAAGAGAUCUCCAGGCACCUGCCUUGCAAUGUACUGGUCCGCGAGUGCGUGCCGCAGGUGGAGAUGCUGAACCGCUUCACCUCCGUCUUCGUGUCACAUGUCGGGUUUAACAGCCUCCAGGAGAGCCUCAUGGCAGGUGUGCCCAUCGUGGCCAUCCCGCAAGCUGUGGACCAGCCUGGAAACGCCCGCAAGGUGCAAGAGCGUGGCUGGGGCCAAGCCUUCUUCAAGCCCAUGAAGACAUGCACAGCAGCGAAUUUAGUGGAAGCCCUGCGCCUGGUGAGUGGUGGGGCCAGUUACCGGCAGGCGGUGCAGCGCGCCAGAGCCGAGCUUGCGGGAGGCGCACCGCGACUAGCCGAGCGGCUGGUGGCGAUGGCGAAGGAGACGGAUCAGAAGCGCGCAGACGGUAGGGCCAGUAGGGCCAGUAGGGCCGGUGGGGUUGGGGGUUUGGGUUUGUGGUUUCGGCUCUGGCUUUGCGUUUCUGGCAGGGUCUAG